CCUGAGGCCCCUGCUGUAUGCUACACAAACCUUGAACUGCAAUCUUCUGAUUGGCAGGUGCCUGCAGGGCUGGCUUUGUGUCAACAGUCCAGGCAGCAGUGAGCGUUUUAGCGGAGAAGUUGUUCGGCUGCAAGCAGGGGGACAGAGCAGCAGAGACUAUUCAAAUGCAGAGGCUGCACAGAAAAGUGGAUCAGCAGCAGAACAGAAUCUAAUGAUGAGUGGGGAAGCUGCCCAGGAGGUGGUAGCAGUAUCGCCCCCAGCAAGCUCCACCCGAAAGGAGUGCUAUUUUGACCGGGUCUCCGAGAAUGAUCCCGAAUACCUUCGGCUGAGGAACAUGGCUCCAACCCUGAGACAAGACUUCAACCUGAUGGAGCAGAAAAAGCGAGUGACUGUGAUCCUGCAAAGCCCGGCUUUCCGAGAUGAGUUGGAAAGUUUGAUCCAGGAGCAGAUGAGGAAAGGAAAUGACUCGAGCAACCUCUGGGCGCUGCGCCAGAUUGUGGACUUUAUGACAAGCACUCCACUGGCCCUCCCGACAUCCCCGCCCGGAGUGACAAUGGUAGCGCCAAUCAAUGACUUCCGAGCAACUGAAUCUUUGGCCUUUGUCAAGGGAGAACGACUGAUGCGAUGUAAGCUUGCCAGCAUCUAUCGGCUGUUAGAUCUCUUUGGCUUGGCUGAACUUGCCAAUACGUACAUCACGCUCAGAGUUAGCAAAGAGCAGGAUCACUUCCUCAUCGCUCCCAGAGGGGUUUCCUACGGAGAGGUCUCUGGCUCCAUCCUGGUCAAGGUGAAUAUCCUGGGAGGGGUGGUUAACCAGGGCAGCAGCAGUUUAUCUGUGGACUGUGCCGGAUUCAGCUUGCACUCGGCAAUAUAUGCAGCCCGCCCUGAUGUCCGAUGUAUAAUCCACUUACACACGCCGGCCACUGCUGCGGUUUCCGCCAUGAAGUGUGGCAUUUUACCUCUAUCCCAUGAGGCCUUGCUCAUUGGCGAUGUGGCCUAUUACGAAUAUAAUGGAGCUUUGGAUGAAGAGGAGGAUAGGAUCCAACUACAGAAAUGCCUGGGCCCUACCUGUAAGGUUCUCCUUUUAAGAAAUCAUGGCGUGAUAGCACUCGGUGAAACUGUGGAGGAAGCUUUCUACAAAAUUUACCAUCUUCAGUCAGCAUGUGAAGUACAGGUCUCAUGCCUCUCCAGCGCGGGCGGAGUGGAGAACGUGAUCCUCUUGGACCGCGACAGGUACAAGCCUCACGAAAUGGGCUCGGUGGGCUGGGCAGGCAGCACCUUUGGGCCGAUGCAGAAGAGCCGAGUUGGUGAGCAUGAGUUUGAGGCUCUGAUGAGGAUGCUGGAUAACUUGGGUUACCGAACUGGCUAUGCCUACAGACAUCCCAUUGUCCAGGAGAAGGUCAAGCAUAAGAGCGAGGUGGAGAUCCCGGCCACAGUUACAGCAUUCACCCUCGAUGAGGAUGUACUGCCCCACUCCUCGCUCAGGCACCACAGCCAGAAGCAGCAGCAGGAGAAGACUAGGUGGCUGAACUCUCCAAAUACUUACCUGAGGGUCAACGUCAGCGACGAGCCACAGCGAGCUCCCAGCAGCCCCAGAGCCAAAACCACGUGGUUGAAGGCCGAUGAGGUCACAAAAUCUACCAGUGGGACUCCAAUCAAGAUUGAAACACCGAACCAGUUUGUACCUCUUUUUACAGACCCUCGAGAAGUGCUUGAAACAAGGAAUAAGAUUCGAGAGCAAAAUCGGCAGGAUGUGAAGUCAGCGGGCCCACAGUCGCAGUUGUUGGCCGGAGUCAUCACAGAGAAGAGCCGCAGCCCGUCCGCAGAGGGUAUGCUGGCUUCGCAAGCCCAGACUCUGAGCCAGGAGGAGCUGCCGGAGGUGAGGAAGGAGCCUGAGCCGCCGAAUCCUUUCAACGAGCUUACAGACCAGGAACUGGAGGAUUACAGGAGGGAGGUGGAGCGGAAACAGCUGGGCCUGGACGGGGCAGAUGAAGAGGAUACGUCUGCUGGGAUUUCUCCUCUGAAAACCCCACCUACAUCACCAUUAAAAUCACCCACAUCUCCCCGGUCACCAGGAGGUAAGCUGUUAGUGAAUCUGCACUGGUCCCUCUACCUCAGCAACAUUACAACGAGCUCAGCAACAAAACGAUGCAGCUUCGUUUGCUAAAUUCCUCAGCGAAAUGCGAUGGGAACCAUUGAAAUGAUUGUUCAGAAAGAUGGUCAUUCCUUGAAUUAGCGUUAUUAAAGCUGAUCCUAUCAGGGGUUCUGACAGCGGAGAGUUCCUGCUCACUGAGUCCCCACUGACACCAGCAGCUCCUGUCGCUAAAUCCCCGCUGAUACCAGCAGCUCCUGUCACUGAAUCCCCACUGAUACCAGCAGCUCCUGUCGCUAAAUCCCCGCUGACACCAGCAGCUCCUGUCACUGAACCCCAUUGAUACCAGCAGCUUCUCUUCACUGAAUCCCCACUGAUACCAGCAGCUCCUGUCACUGAAUCCCCACUGAUACCA